CACUCUCUGUUUCGCACCUGUUUUCCCGGCCGGUUGCUGUCGCGAAAGAAAACAAGCAAAGCUAGGAAAGUGACACACGACACACGAUAAACAAUAGUCCGCCUUUCGGAUCGACAAUGAAUUUCUCCAAACUAAGCCUUGUUUGCCUCGCCCUCGAUUCUGGAUCGCGGUUUGUGCAAGUGCAGGGGGUAGCAAACAAGAACCCGGUCGGCAAAUGGGAGCUCCAUUCACUCUCUGAUGCUGAGAUAGAGGUCUCUGACUCGGAUACCCCAAACACUGCUGCCGUGGAAACAGAAAUAUUUUAUGAAGGGCUCUUCGCAGACGGGCAAGAUCCAAUCGUGGAAAUCUAUGCAGGAGUGGAAACCGGCGCUCCAUGUGUCACCGGAACCCCUGCAACCCCCUUGGGGGAGACUACGCCAUCACUUUCCGUCUCUUUUUCUACUGCGGACACGAACGACCAUCCAGAUUUGGUCGAGAAUAUGGUCACGUCCAACGGAGAUAUUGGUACGCUUGCAACAAUCCAGUAUGCUACUGUUUCUGUUGGUUUCGAACGCAGUUGGAUUGUCGAAGUGCUUCGUGUUAGUGUUAGUGACAGUUAGUGUUAGUGUUAGUACGUACUUGCGAGUCAUCUCACGCUUUCUCUGUGCUUGUUCCCCACCCAUCGGCCCACCCAUCGCUGUUCUGUAGGAUCUGUUCAUAUUCAUCAGACGCUCACUGGCGAAGACAACCCCUUCUGGACACCGUACAAGGACGACAGACCCGAUGUCGGGACGUUUAGAAUGUGUGAGUGUGAGACAUUAAACACUCCACAACUGUACCGUACCCGUGUCGUCUUUUGAUACUGUAUUGUUCGUUCUGUUUGUCGUUCACAUUCGCCACUAGCUAUCGUUUUGUUCGGGGUCCCAACACUCACCUUGUUCUCUUUUUGCUUUUAGGUGUACGAGUAUGCAAGAAACUCGAGACACGAUAUAUCUCCUAUGUUGAUUCACUGAUUACCGUCAGGUACGAUCAUGAAGGAGUGUUCCAGAGUUUCGCCGCCUCCAUCGAUGUGGAAGAAAUUAGUUCGACCAAUGAGUAUGUCCGAGAUGAAUUCAACUCAGUCCCUGUGGAAGCCUUUCCGUGCUUCACUACUGGUUCUCCCAUCCAAGAGACAUACAAACCUGGUCAGAGAUUUUCCAUCUGUGUUCGCCCUGGAGAGGACGACCUUCAAAAUGGUUUCGGUGUUUCCGGCUUCCAAGAGGUUACGUGUGCGAAAGAGUCUCAAAUAGUGAAGGAAGGAUCGUAUGUUGCGGCAAUAACAAGCGUCAGCUCCGACACCGACGCCGUUGACUUUCUUGACAAAGAGGAGGUUGCCGUAGGGCCGGGCACCGCGGUUCUCACGACCACGGUCUUGCCCACCAUGGUGUCUGGAUCUGGUUCGAUGACGUGCACUGGCGUAGUAGAGCUGACCUUCACAGCGCCAGGAUCUAGAGAUCUUUCUCCCGUGGGACGUCGUCUCCAAGCAACCGAUGCCGGGGUCGGCGAAUCCACGCCGUUUUCGGUCUCCAUCAAAGUGUCGGAAGAAAAAGACUGGUCCGAUGCUUUCGCCUCUCCCGCCGCGGGAAACUUCGAAGGGUCCGACGGGCUCGUUGUUGCCGGAGCCGCAACCACCGCCGCGGUGGUCAUGGCGGCUGCUCUCUAGCGAGAGCGCCUUUGAUCCGAUUCGAUCCGAUCCGAGCGCUGGCUCGUGCCCAGCACCGCCAUUCAAGAGAGAGAGAUGUGACAGAUAUCGCAAAAACGUAUUUGUCAAUCCAUCCAUGUGCAUGUGCAUGUGCAUAUUAUGCACAUGC